UUUUGGAAAAAAAAACAAGUUCUCCAUUCAUGGGACUGAAAAUAACAGCUAAGAAUGGCUCCAACACUUGAGGUGCGUCAACAGCAAUCUUAAAAUUUUCUUUACCAUGUUUCUCCACUCUUGUAAUUGACCACUUCCGGUCUCCAAAGAGCAACAUAAAUUUCAGUAAGCAUGUUCUUAUUUGGUCCUUUUCCUCUUUCAUUUCCCUGAGGUUCCAAUUUCUUUUACUAUUUUCUUUUUGUCUUUUUGGAGUGCAAGGAUGAUGUGUGUGUUGAUUGUUUUCCUCCAUGUGUGGGCUGGAUUGAGUUUUUAGAGGGUCAGAGACAAAUACCUUAGAAAAUGAGUUGGAUUCAUUCUCAAAUCUGCCAUAGUAGUGAUGCUAUCAACAACCCCACUAGUAUUUCCCCAUCUUCUUGUUCUUCUACUGCACCAUUGUCUUACAGUUCUGAGUACAAGAAACAACUACCCCCUCCUCUAUCUUCUUCAUCUGGCACUAGAAUAAGCCCUGCAAUUGUUUUCAUCUUUGUCAUUCUAGCUAUUGUGUUUUUCAUCUCUGGUCUCCUUCACUUGCUUGUUAGAUUCCUUAUAAGGCACAUGUCCUCUUCGUCAAUUUCCCAGUCCAAUAGGUACCCUGACAUGUCGGAAUCUGAUCCUUACCAGAGGCAGUUACAGCAGCUCUUCCAUCUCCAUGAUUCAGGCCUAGAUCAGGCCUUCAUAGAUGCUCUCCCAGUUUUCCUGUACAAAGACAUAAUAGGUUUGAAGGAGCCUUUUGAUUGUGCAGUGUGCCUUUGCCAGUUCUCAGAACAGGACAUGCUGAGGUUGUUGCCCCUUUGCAACCAUGCUUUUCACAUUGAUUGCAUAGACACAUGGCUGCUCUCAAAUUCAACCUGCCCUCUCUGCCGAGGGAGUCUUUAUGAGCCAGGCUUUGCCUUUGAAAACCCAGUUUAUGAGUUUGAGGGUCUGAGGGAGGAAGAUGGGGUUUCAGGCAGUGUUGCUGCAGAGGCUGGUUCCUUCAACAAACAUGCAGAAAAUCACAUAAUGAGUGGGAAAAGGGUGUUUUCUGUGAGGCUUGGGAAGUUUAGAAGCUCAAAUAAUGGAGAGGGGGUAGAAAGAGGAGGAGGAGGGGAGAGCAGUACAAGUAACUUGGAUGUUAGAAGAUGCUAUUCAAUGGGGUCCUUCCAAUAUGUUGUUGCUGAUUCAGAUUUGCAAGUGGCUUUGUGCCCCAAUAGAGGUGAUGGUGGAGGUGUCAGUGGUGGCAGUGUGAGACAAUUCAAAGGUAGAUUGGACCAUUGUGGGAAUUCUUCCACUGAAGGGGAUGUUGAGGGCAAAAAAAUCAACAUUGCAAGGAAAGGUGAAAGCUUUUCUGUUUCCAAGAUCUGGCAAUGGUCUAGGAAGGACAAGGUAUCAAGUUCACCACAAAACCAUUUGGGUGGUUCUUAUGUCAGUGCAGCUUUGCCAUGGAUGAAUAGAGCUCAAGGUACAUGAAGCUACUCAGUAUUUUGGGAUUCUUACACAUUUUCAAAUGAGUCCUCUUUUGAUCUCCUUUUCCAUUUUUUUUUAAUUUUCAUACUUCUGAUUUUUCAUUUUUAUUGGUAAAAUACUUGUAAAUUAUGCCAUAAACAUUCAAUCAAGAAUUACCCUUUAAAUAAGAAUCAUUCUUGAGUGUGUAAGGAAAAGCAUUCCUUUUAUACAAAGUUGCAUUCCUGUAAUAUGUUUUUACCUUCUCUUGUAAUUUUCCAUAAUGAUUAUCAGAAACAUCAAUGUUUUUUUUA